AUGGAAAACCGCGUGGACGCGAAUCUGAAGCACGUCGCGAGAAUUUUGCUGGUCCAGAUGCCGGAGGAGGGCGAGGCCAUCCAUCUCGACGACUUCAUCGAGUCGCAAGAAAGGCACGUGCGGGAAAUGACACACUAUCUCAUGGCGAAGAGCAUCGAGAUCGAGGCUUCGGUGGACGAUUUGCUGGGCCAGAUUGUCGGGUUCCCGAUCGACCCGCACGUCCGGGGGGUCAGCGAAUCCGAGAUCAUCAAGGUGAAGGCGCACUACAACUGGUCCAUGUACCAGGCAAUCUUGAACGCGACGCGAAGAAGCUUGUCCGCGAUCAAAACGCGGUUGGCGGUCGCGCGGGUCGCCGACCACGCGUCUUCCGCAGCGGGAAACGCCGCGUCGAAAUUGAUGGCCCUUGCCGGUCCGACCACAAUCGAGAGUCCCAUCACGCCAGCGGGGGGGAAAGCCGACUCUCCGGACAGUGACGGAGGUGAUUAUGGUAAGAAGCAUAUUUUUAUUGCAGUUUUUGCUAUGUGCUGUUUUUCAUGCUUUAGUCUUCGUGUUCGUUGCUUCAUCUUUUGACAACUUUGCGGUUCAAAUUUGAUUCUUAAUUUUGUGAAAAUGCUAUCAAAAUACUCAAGGCGGUAGUCUCGGCGGUUACGGCAAGCACAGCCUGCUGCCGCCGUUUUUCGAGGUUGAGUUGCAACUGGACGGCAUCUAUCAAGAGUAAAAAUGUCUGGGUCUGGAAGGGUUGGAACUUGUGAUGCAAACUCUGGAACAUACAAAUAUUUGUGUUGCAUGAGCGCCAAAAGCUGUCCAUUUCUUGGCACGCAAGUAGGAAGUUUCUCAUGCGGGACAGGCAUCAUGAGACGUGCUCAAAACCUGUGAUGCUUUUGCCUGCAUCAGACGCCAUUUGCGUGAUCCGAAAUAUGCAUGACAAAUCUCACAAUCUUCCAGACCCGGACAUUUUUACAUUUGAUAGCAUCGGCGUGCGACUGAAGCCGUCCGUGGCGGACAUCCAGAACGCGGUGAACCAGGGCGCGGUUGCCGUGCUGAAGUGCAGCAAGAUGAUCGACGCGUGGGACACGGUGACCAUCCCGAAGAAUGUGCAGCUGGUGAUCAAUCCGAAUCUGCCCCCGGUGGUGGGCAGCGGCGUGCAGGGCACCUACUACGACCGCAUCGCGCAGGACAAGGAAAUUUUGAAGGUCAUCCUUCUCCUCACCGGGAGCGUUAACGGCGCGAGGAAGGAGUGCGACAAGUUUGUGGCGAAGUUUGCGCGGUUUAGCUCUCUGUGGACGAAGAACGUCGAGGAAGACUACGACGAGUUCCAGAAGGGCAGCCCGUCGCUGCAGGAGUUCGAGGGCAAGCUGAAGGAAUUCCUCCGCCACGCGGAAGACGCCAAUAGUGUGGAGAAGGCGACGCAAAUCGGGGCGUUGUCGCUGAAGACGGAGAACCUGAUGCAGAACCUGGGGGAGCUCGCCGAGAAGUGGAAGACCUCGUUUGCGAGAAAACUGCACCAUAACGCGCGAGUGAGGCUAGACACCGUCGGCGAGAUGGUGAAGCACACGACAAAGCGGUUGCACCGUGAGGUCGCCGAGGGUGACAUCGACGCGCUGGGGUACGUGAUGCAGACCCUGCAAGAGGUGCGGGCGAAGCAGUCCGAGAUCGAGCUGGAGUUCGGGCCGAUCACCCACAUGUACCAGAUUUUGGACCAGUACGUGCCCAACAUGAUUGACAAGGACGAGCAGGACCAGCGCUCCAUGCUCCGUAACAACUGGGACAAGUUGCUCCAGGACAGCGAGUCCCGGCAGGAACACUUGUCCAAGCAGCAGGCCGAGCACAAGCGUAUGCUGAUCACGACCGUGAACACGUUUAAGAAGGAUGUGCGUGUCUUCCGGGAGCACUACGAGCGCAACGGGCCCAUGGUGCGCGGCAUCCCGCCGGCCAAGGCCGUGGAGCGGCUGCGCCGGUUCCAGGAGGAAUUUGAUAUUCGCAACCGGAAGCGGCAGAUCUACCGGUUGGGCGAGGACCUGUUCGGGUUGCCGCACCAACAGUACCCGCAACUCGAGAAGACCGAGUCGGAAUUAGCGUACCUGUCGCAGCUGUACGACUUGUACGUGGUUGUGCUGGACACAAUCCGUGACUGGAAGGAGCUCCUGUGGCAGGAUGUGCCGGAGCACAUGGAAAAAAUGAGCGCGACGACGGAAAAGUUUCAGGCCCGUUGCAAGCGCAUGCCGAAGGUAGAGAGUUGUGGCGUAGAACAAGAGAAAUGCAGUUGUUUCCGUGUCGUGCGUGGCAUCGAAAUAGGAACAGCGAGAUAUUUUGUUAAGCGGGAAUCGUAUUUCGAAUUUCUUUUUCACACUCACGUGACAUCAGGUUCUCCGCGACUGGGAGGCAUACCACGAGCUGAAGAAGCAGAUUGAUGAUUUCAGUGAAGUUCUUCCGCUGUUUUUGGAGCUGUCCAAGAAAUCCAUCAUGUCGCGACACUGGAAGCAGGUAAUGGACCUGACUGGCAAGGACCUUCCGAUUGACAGCGAGAAUUUUAAACUUCAGAGCUUGAUUGACGCGAAUUUGAACGAGUACGCCGAUGAGGUGAACGACAUCUGCGAAAGCGCCGACAAGCAGCUGGUGAUCGAGCGGAAGCUCGCGGAAAUCAGCCAGCAGUGGAGCGAAUACUGCUUCGAGUUCUCCACCUGGAAAGCGCGGGACUACCCCUGUUGCUUGGCGGGCGGGAAAGUGGUGGAGAUCCAGGAACUGCUGGAAGAGACCAUCAUGGCCCUGAACACCAUGAACGCGCAAAGGUACAACUUGUUCCGAGCCUUCGCUCUGAAUUUUUUGUUCCUUUAGUGCGUGAAGCUAUUUGUGUUUUUGAUUGUACAACUACUAGGCGCCGGCCUUAUCAGCUCACGAAAAUUUCUGUCGGCAUAAAUGAAAAAAACUUUCCCAAAAAUAACGUGACUCAUAUCAGGCACUCCAUGCCGUUCAAGGAGGAGCUCGGUGCGAUCACGACGACUUUGUCCGACACCGCGGACACGAUCGAGAAGUGGUUCAAGGUGCAGCAGCUGUGGACCAGUUUGGAGAGUGUGUUUCUUGCCGGAGAUAUCAUGAAGCAGAUGCCGAUGGAGGCGAAGAAGUUUCAGCAAAUCGACAAGGACUGGGUGAAGAUCAUGGGUAAAUCCGCGGAGUUGAGGAACGUGGUCCAGUGCUGCCAGAACGACAUGCUGAAGCAGAUGCUGCCGGUUCUCUCCCAAGGACUGGAAGCGUGCCAAAAGUCGCUGGAGUCGUACCUGGAGGGGAAGCGGAACAAGUUCCCGCGGUUCUACUUCACGAGUGACCCGGCGCUGCUAAAAAUUUUAUCCCAAGGGUCCGACCCGGAGCAGAUCCAGGACGACUUCGAGAAGUUGUUCGAUUCGAUCUCGAAGGUCACGUUCGACCCGAAGGACAAGAAGAAGAUCAUCCAGAUCAAGUCCGUCGCCGGCAUGGCCGAGGAGACCGUGAAACUGGUGCAGCCGACCAUAUGUGUGGGCAACAUCGAGGACUGGUUGAACGCCUUGGAGGCGGAAAUGCAGCGGUCCGUCCGCAAGGAGUGCAAGAUCGCCUGUGUGGACUGCGGCAACAUUCUGCAGGGGCUCUCCGUGAAGGACUUCUCCGACCGCUACAUCGCGCAGGUGGCUUUGCUCGGGAUCCAGGUGAUCUGGACCUUCGACUUCCAGGAGGCGCUGAUGAAGAUGAGCAAGGAGCGGGACAAAACCAUCAUGGCCACGACGAACAAGAAAUUUUGCCAGAUGAUGCAGGAUCUGGUCGGGAUUUGCUUGACGGACCUGGGAUCGACGAUGAACCGCACGAAGUUCGAAACCUUGGUUACCGUGCACGUCCACCAGAAGGACUUGUACCAGGAAGUGUGGAAGAAGGUCAAGGAGCACAAGGUGAAGGACGAGAACGACUUCGAGUGGCUGAAACAGACCCGGCUGUACUGGAAGGCGGACAUGGAGCACGUGCGCAUCUCGAUCGCCGACGUGGACUUCACCUACAGCUACGAGUACCUGGGCUGCAAAGAGCGGUUGUGCAUCACCGCGCUGACGGACAGGUGCUACGUGACUUUGUCGCAGGCGCUCGGGAUGUUCCUUGGUGGCGCGCCGGCCGGCCCGGCGGGGACCGGGAAGACGGAGACGGUGAAGGAUAUGGGCCGAACGCUGGGUGUCUUUGUCGUCGUGACCAACUGCAGCGACCAGCACCGGUUUCGCGACAUGGCGAAGAUCUUCAAGGGCUUGUGCAUGUCCGGCCUCUGGGGCUGCUUCGACGAGUUCAACCGCAUUGAACUGGAAGUGCUGUCCGUUGUGGCGAUGCAGGUCGAGUCCAUCACCCAGGCGAAGCGCCAGAACGUGAAGUCCUUCAUGUUCCCGGGCGAACGGGAGCCGAUCAAACUUGUCCCCGCGGUGGGUUACUUCAUCACCAUGAACCCGGGUUACGCCGGGCGCCAGGAACUACCGGAAAACUUGAAAGUGCUGUUCCGCUCCGUUUCCAUGAUGAUGCCGAACCGCGAGACGAUCAUGAAAGUGAAACUGGCCUCCGUGGGGUACAGUUUGAUGGACAUUCUGGGGAAGAAGUUCUGCAUCUUGUACGCGCUGUGCGAGCAGCAGCUGUCCAAGCAGCGCCACUACGAUUUCGGUUUGCGGAACAUUCUCUCCGUGCUGCGAACCUCCGGUACCGUGAAGCGAUCCGAGCCGGCCGACGCCGACGAGGAAAUGUUGUUUAUGCGCACCGCUCGCGAUAUGAACUUGUCCAAGCUCGUCGCGGAUGACGUGCCGCUGUUUUUGGCCCUGCUAAAGGAUUUGUUCCCGAAGACGCAGGAGCCACCGAAGAAGGUCUAUCCCGAAGUGGAGUCCGGCUCGCAGAAGAUUGUGAAGCGGAAAAAGCUUUCUCUUUUCGGUCCCUGGAUGCUGAAGAUCGUCCAGCUGUACGAAACCUCGCUUGUCCGCCACGGGUUCAUGCUUGUGGGGCCGACUUUGUGCGGGAAAACCGAGAUUAUGACCACUCUGACGACGUGCCACACAGAAAACAACAACGCGCACCGAGUGCAGGUGAUGAACCCCAAGGCGAUCACGGAUUCUCAGAUGUACGGGAUCAAGGAUCCGAUCUCCGAGGAGUGGACGCCCGGCGUGUUUGCCUCGAUUUGGCAAAAGUAUAACAAUCGAACGUUGAAGUACACGACCUGGAUCGUCUGCGACGGGCCGGUCGACGCGAUCUGGAUCGAGAACUUGAACACGGUGUUGGACGACAACAAGAUUCUCACUUUGGCCAACAACGAUCGCAUUCCGAUGACCGACAACUGCCGCAUUGUGUUCGAGGUGGAGAACUUGCGGAACGCCUCGCCCGCGACAGUCUCCCGAGCGGGGAUUAUCUACAUCUCGGCCUCUGACCUCGGGUGGCGUCCGGUGGCAGAUUCCUGGUUGGCCAAACGGGUGGAGCUCGGGCAAAACCGCACCGAGGAGGCAACCAUCAUGAAAGAUUUGUUCGAUAAGUGGCUCUCCACCCCGCCGCCCAACGCCGGGCCGGUGAACGACUUGUUCGAUUACCAGACCCGGAACACGGUCACUGUGAUGCCGGCGAACGACGCGAUUAUCAUUACCAACGUGCUCAACUUGCUCUCCGCGAUGUUGCAUCCGCACUGCCAGUCCAACGAGGUUCUGGCCCCCGAUGCGUACCGUCGCAUCUUUUUCUUUUCCCUCUGCUGGGGCUUCGCCGGGUUGUGCGAGCCGGAGGAGCGGCAGAAGUUCUAUGAAAAGAUGUUGGAGGUGUUGAAGAUGCACAAGCAUUUAGACGCAGUCCCGCCCUGCGAGAACGGCGAAAAUAUCUUCGACUACGUGCCGGAUCCCAGUACCAAGACCAAGCAAUGGAUGCUAUCAAAAGGAGAAAUUGACCCCAAAACUACAUCACAGCCAAGUUCCACUUAUCGACCAUUCUCUCUUCAGCUUUUUUCAUCGUUAGAACGUGGCUUGAGAGGGUCGUAUACAGAAACUCUUCUUGUGAUGUCUGAUGUGUCACCGAAGCCAAUCACUCUCGGUAUUGCAGUUGUUGUACUUGCAGUCAAGCAUGUAUGAAUCUACCGGGACAGAUCAUUAGAGACGGUUGUGGUACUACUAGGGGUUGAUUUAUGCAGUUCGUUUGGAUAAGUGCGGUGGCAGACGGAGCAGUGGAAAGCCCCGAAGAAAUUGGUGUUUUCCUCCUUGCUGAUUCCGACACUGGACAGCACCCGAGCGGAAUAUCUGAUCGACGUGAUCGCCAACUACGACAAGGUCCGCACGCCGACCGUGUACAAAUCCACCCUCUUGGUGGGUGCGGCCGGUACGGCGAAGACCAGCACUGCGCUGAUGUACUGUGCCAGGUUCUCGAUGGACACGAUGCUGUCGAAGCGGAUCAACUUCUCCUCCGCGACCACGCCCCUGAACUUCCAGCGCACCGUGGAAGCGGAAGUGGAGCGGAAGACCGGAAAGACGUUCUGCCCCCCAGGCGGGAAGCAGAUGACUUUGUUUUUGGAUGAUCUGUCCAUGCCGAUCGUGAACAAGUGGGGCGAUCAGGUGACCAACGAGCUGUCGCGGCAGCUGAUGGAGUUCGGCGGGUUCUACUUCUUAGACAAAGACAAGCGGGGGGACUUCAAGGUCGUGGAGAGCCUUUCCUUUAUCGGCGCCAUGGGCCACCCGGGCGGGGGACGGAACGACAUCCCGAAUCGGCUGAAGUCCAAGUUCUUCUCUUUCAACAUGGUGCUCCCGUCGGUCGUGUCCGUCGAUAACAUCUAUGGGUCCAUCAUGCGCGCCCGCUUCACGCCGAAGAACGGGUUCGGGGAGCGGGUGAUCGAGGUAUCGAAGAAGCUGACUGCGAUCACGAUCGACGUGUGGAAGACGGUGGGGAAGAACUUGCUGCCGACGCCCGCCCGCUUCCACUACAUCUUCAACAUGCGCGAGCUGAGCCGGGUGUUUCAGGGCAUCCUGGAAACGCCCUCUUCCGCGGUCGGGGCGGACGAGGUGAAGCUCGGUUCGCUCUGGCGGCACGAGACCACGCGCGUUUUUGCGGACAAACUGGCGCGGCAGCAGGACAAGGACUUCGUGGACAAAGUCGUCGGCGAGAACAUGCAGCAGCACUUCGGCGAGGACAUGAGCGACCGCGUGAUGGACAGCGCCAUGUGGUGGGCCGACUUCCAGCGCGACGGCGGGGAGGACCCGGAGACGGGGGAGGAGAUCCCCGCGCCGAAGGUGUACGAACCGAUGAAGUCCAUGGAAUUUGUCCGGAACAAGGCGUACGAGUACCUCACCAAGUUCAACGAACAGUUUCCGGCGAAGCAGAUGAAUCUCGUCUUGUUCGAUGACGCCAUGAAGUACAUGAUGCGGAUCAAUCGGAUCAUCCAGUUUCCGCGCGGGUCCGCGAUGCUGGUCGGUGUCGGUGGUUCGGGCAAACAGUCGCUAACCCGACUCUCCUCCUACAUCUCCCGCCAGAAGUCCUUUCAGAUUACCAUCACCAAAACCUACAACGACAACGCGCUCUUCGAGGACUUGCGGGCGCUCUACGUGGCGGCGGGGGCCAAGAACGAGCCGGUGGCGUUCCUCUUCACGGACGCGGAGGUGAAGAACGAGGGUUUCUUGGAGUACUUGAACAGCAUCCUCGCCACCGGUGAGGUGGUCGGCCUGUUCCAGAAGGACGAGCGCGACGGCAUGGCUGUAUCAACUGUAAAAAUGUCUGGGUCUGGAAAAGUGCAUGUCUGUCAUGCAGGUUUCCCAUGACCCAUGAGGUCUGGAAUGCGGGACCUAGCAUCACAGAUUUUUAGAAGGCCUCCUGAUGCCUAUUCCGCAUGACAAAUGCCCUCCCCACGUAGCAAAAACUGGACUCCUCUUGCUGGUCAUGCAAUACAAAUCUUUUUGGAGUCGAAACAUAGCAUGACAAGUUGCAACCUGCUUCCAGACCCAGACAUUUUUACAAUCCAUAGGCUGCAGACUGCCGCAACGACUUCGUCCGCGAUUGCCCUGGGGUAGAGUAUCACAUGUAAAAACGUCCCGAACCCAGAGUCAAGAUGGGGAUUUUGCAACACAAACCUUGAAGUUUUGGGAACCACGCAUGACAAAUUGCAGGCUGUAUGAUCGUAAUGCAGUUUAGCAAGGGAAGUCGCAUCACAAAUCCAUCUGCUUAUCCUGUUUACCGCAUUACAAGUUCCAAAACACGAUCGGGAAUGCCUAUCAUGGGGAUGCGCAUUACAAGUGCGCGUGUGCUGGCAUUUCUGCAAGACAACUCUGGGGUGGGGAUGUUUUUACACAGGAUAUGGAGGAGUCCGUCCCCAACCUCUACCGGUACUUCCUCGACCGGCUGCGCGACAACCUGCACAUCAUCCUCUGCUUCAGUCCGAUGAACGAGAAGUUUCCCAUCCGGGCGCAGAAGUUCCCCGCCGUGUUCUCCGCGGUGUCCAUCAACUGGUUCCUGCCCUGGCCGCCGGAGGCGCUGGUCGCCGUGUCGUCCUCUUUCUUGUCCAAGUUUGACAUCGACGCGACCAAAGAGCACAAACAGGGCUUGUACGCGCUUCUGGGGAGUUUUCAAGCGCAGGUGAACGACGUGUGCAGUCUGUAUUUUCAGCGGAUGCGGAAGCACGUGUAUGUCACGCCGAAAACGUUCCUUUGCCUCAUCGAGUUCUACAAGAAGCUGUACAAGGUGAAGUACGACGAGGUCAACACGCAGGAGAAGUCCGUGAACACGGGGUUGGAAAAGCUCGCCGGUGCGGCCAAGCAGGUGGAGGAGAUGAAGGCGGAACUGAAAGAGGCGUCGAAAGUGCUGGCGGUCGAGGAGGAGAAGACCAACAAGCUGCUUGCCACGGUGCAGCGGGAAAAGGCGAAGGCGGAGAAGAAGGCCGGGGAGGUCGGCGUGCAGAAGGCGGCGUGCCAGGAGUCGGCGGACAUGAUUUCCGUCGAGAAGGCGUCGGCGGAGGAGGAAUUGAAGAAGGCCAUGCCGUUUUUGCACGAGGCAGAAGCGGCCUGCAAGUCCAUCACCCCGAAGGACAUCACGGAAUUGAAGACGAACAAAAACCCCACGGACGUGAUCAAGCUGACGUUCGACGGUCUUGCGAUUUUGAUGUUGCAAAAAGUGGUCGACCCCGCGCCAAAACAGUUCAACAUCGCGAAGACGGACGGAACCUUCAUCGCGGACUCCUUCCAAGAGUUCACCAAGUUCACGCUGUCCGACAUGCGGUUUUUGCCGUCGCUGCUCGACUUCGCCGAGAACGAGAAGAACAACAUCAACGACGAAACGUGUGAGCUUUUAGAGCCCUACUUGCGGCAUUCCGACAAUCCGGCGAAGAACUGGUGCCCGUGGGCGGCGCACCGGAUUCUGGACCCGGCGGUCGCGAAGAAGGCGUCGGGCGCUGCGGAGGGUUUGUGCAAGUUUGUCGGCGCCAUGGUGAUGUACCACGGCGCGGCCAAGAUCGUCACACCAAAACUGAACUUUUUGAAGGUCCAGGAAGCGAAACUUGACAAGGCUAUGGCCGAGCUCGCCGAGGCGGAGGAGUCUUUGGCGAAGGUGAUGGGCGAAGUGGCCGUCUUGGAUGCGCAACUGCAGGAGGCGAUGGACAAAAAGAACGUGUUGGAGCAGAACGCCACCGCCAUGAAGAAGAAGAUGGACGCCGCGAACGCGCUGCUGAACGGGUUGUCCGGCGAGAACGCACGGUGGACCGAGGACUCCAAGAACUUCGCGAUCCGACGGGUUCGGCUCGUCGGCGACAUUGCGCUCGCCUGCGCGUUCGUGACGUUUUGCGGACCCUUCAACGCGGAAUUCAGGGAGAAGCUGAACACCGAGUACUUCUUCGCGGAAACGGUGCGGCGCCAGGUGCCGGCCAGCACGCAGAUGGACCUGGUCGGGUUUCUGGUCGACCAGGGCACGGUUGGGGAGUGGACGCUGCAGGGAUUGCCCGCGGAUGAUCUUUCCAUUCAGAACGGGAUCAUGGUGACCCGGUCCUCCCGCUACCCCUUGAUGGUCGACCCGCAGGGCCAGGCUAACCGCUGGAUCAAGAGCCGGGAGGCGGAGCGCAUCUCCAUGAGCCACGGCAUGAGCAUCACCACGUUGGCGAACCCGCGGCUGAAAGACUUCAUCGAGUUCACCAUGGGCGAGGGGCUGGUCCUGCUCAUCGAGAACGUCGAGAACGACAUAUUACAGUGA